UUUUUUUCUCCAAUUUCAUUUUCAUUGGGCUCGUUCUGCAAAAUGGGUCAAAAACAGACUGAAAUCAAUUGGUUGGGUCCAUGAUGUGUAUGUUGGGUUUGGUCAUUGAUUCGAACACUUUCAGGCCUAGGUCAGGUGAAGAGUGAAGAGUUUUCUGGAAUUCGCGGGAGAAUUGAGCAUUGGGGUUUAGCAGAGUGAAGACGAUUGAAAGCCUUGAAUUACGCAGAACACUGAACAAAACCUCAAUUUGGAGAAGAAUGGAUGCAGACACGGCUUUAGAAUUAGUGAAGAAAGGCGCUACGCUUCUCGCGCUCGACGUCCCUCCAUACACUCUAUUCGGUAUUGAUACCCAGAUGUUUUCGGUAGGUCCUAAUUUUAAGGGUGUCAAAAUGAUUCCUCCCGGUACUCACUUUAUCUACUAUAGCUCUUGUAACAGGGAAGGCAGUGAGUUUUCUCCGAUAAUUGGUUUCUUCAUCAAUGCAAGCUCAUCAGAGGUGAUUGUUCGGAGAUGGGAUCAGAAGGAAGAGCGGCUAGUCAAAGUUUUAGAGGAAGAGGAAGACAGAUAUUCUGAUGCCGUUAAAAGACUGGAAUUUGAUAUGCAGCUCGGACCAUAUGCAUUAAAUCAAUACGGGGAUUGGAUACAUUUGUCCAACUUCAUUACCAAGGAUACUCUUGAACGUCUUGAACCUAUUGGAGGGGAUAUCACAAUUGCGUGUGAAUCUGAAAUGUUUUCUGGAACAUCCAUGGAGAAAUCUUUGGCUGAGCAGUUAAAGAACAGCAAGUUUUCAGGUCAUGAAAAAAAGUCCCAAAAGCAAGGUUGCUACUACACUACUGUUCCCCGAGUUGUCAAACAAAAGGGAAUCUAUGGGGAGGAUAUCACUAGUUUGAAUCUCGACAAGACACAUCUCCUCGAAACCAUAUUGAUCAAAGAAUAUGGGGGUGAUGAAAACGCACUUCUAGCAGAAUUGCAGUUUGCAUUUAUUGCAUUUCUGAUGGGUCAAUCUCUUCAAGCAUUUGUGCAAUGGAAGCUCUUAGUGAGUCUCUUACUUGGCUGUACAGAAUCUCCUCUUCGUUCCAGGAGUUCUCUAUUUACCAAGUUUAUGAAGGUCAUAUAUUAUCAGUUAAAGUUUGGGUUUCAAAAGGAACAAAAGUUUACUGGUGAUGUGCCUCAAGGAGUGUCAGCAUUAUUGGAAGAGUCUUGGUUAUCUUCCGAUAGCUUUUUGCAUCGGUUAUGCAAGGAUUUCUUUUCGGUGGUGUUCGAAGCUCCAGUGGUGGAUGGGGAUCUUCUUACUUGGACGAGAAGGCUGAGGUCACUGCUCGAAGAGACUAUAGGAUGGAAUUUCGAGGAGAAUGGUGCAGCUGAUGGAGUCGACUUUGACGAAGAAGAUGAGUAUGCUCCAGUGGUGGUGAAUUUGGAUGAAGGAGUAUUUUGAUCUUACUUGAGAAUGUAGUUGUCUAUGAAUAUACAAGAGACAUAGAUUGUUGUGUUGUAUGUAGUUUCAAUCAACCACCAGCCUUACUCUUCAAAUUAACAGACAAGCUCGUGCAUGUUGAUAUUGUGAUUUAUUUAGUGAUUAACUUAUUUUGCAACUGAAA